UAAGGGUGGACGUAUGUAAUCCUGAUAAACACAUUACUUUGUGAGGAUUCUGUUUAAGGAGUUUCCCCAUUUGAUGUAGCGUUAAUGAUUCUUCUUUACUUAUUUGUAUGAUUCGUCUUAUAUUUAUGACAGGGUCACCCUUUAAAGGAGGUCAGAGGAUAGUAAGCUAGAUAACGUUACAGUAAACAGGCAGCAUUCAGAUAGGUCACUGAGCAGCAGCAUCAGUGUCAGUGGGCUGCUUCUGUAUGGAGGGUCACUGAUAUUUUAUAUCUAACAAUGAUUAUUAUUUGUCUAUUCAACUUCAGUAAAAAGUGCAUCAUGUUCAGAUUAAUGGUGAAACUCGAGCCUGUUGAAAACACUGCUGUGAUGGAUAAAUGUCCCAUUCAGGUUGUAUCCACAGUACUAUCAUCAUAUAAGUGUAUAUAAUUUUACACGUAUAAGUACCUGGUGCUCUGUUGAGUAGAAUUUAGUUUAUUACAUAUUUAUUACAUUGCCUGUGUUUUUUUAUUUUACGCAAGAGUUUAAACAAGUAUGAUAUGCUUAUACUAGUGGAAUACACCGUUUCCACCAGAAAAGACGCGGUGAGUCAUUAUUGUCGUGUGACGGUUCUUUGACGGCGAUUGAUGACUUUACAGUUACAACGCCGAACAAAUCAGCAGCUCAGGACAGAAGUAAUUUGGUCUCCAGGCUGCAUGUUCCACUUUUCCACUUCCACUUUUUAGCCUUGAGAAUUAGGUUUGCAAGCAAGCAAGGAAAACAUAGCCUUGGGUGUCAUACAGGUGCUUCUACAUGCCUGUCUUAACAGUGGAAGCAUUCAUGGAUAUAGUUGGCACAUUUAACCAUUUGAUUCCCAGUGAUCAGUUGGAAGACUCUCUGCUCCUCGGCCAGAACUUGGAAUGUGAAGCAAGUGAUGAGUUUGCAUCGAGUAACGACCUGCCAGAAGACUCGCUCAAGAACAUGCUCAGUGACAAGGAUCCUAUGUUUGGAUCGGCCAGCUCACAGUUUCAUCUCUUGGAAAACGAUGAGGCUAACUUUCAGCUCUCCAGCUCAUUAGACCAGGACAUGAACGCUUCAGGCUUCAGCCAGACUUGUGCUGAAGGGGACGAGACUCCGGCUAAGUUCCCCAGAGGCAGGAGAAAAGGCACCAUUCAGCAACAGAGGAAACAAACCGCCUUUUCGUCCAGAGGCCGCGGUAGAGGUGGACAGACAAGGCGCCCUGGUCCAUUUAAAGGAGUUUCCACUGAAUCUCAGAUAUCCGGACUAAAGGAUGCCGAAGAACCAGGAUCCAGUAGCAUCUCAAUAGUGGAGAUGCACACGGAGAAACGGGAAGCCUUAUUGAGCCGCCGGUAUAACGUGCAUGAAGUUGACCCAUCGAUGAAUCCUGUGGUCGUGUUGAGGCGUUUAACAGUCACAGUAGGGGGCUAUAAAAUUGAACUGCUGCCUGGACCUUCUCACACUUCUGGAUCAUUUAAUACAAACGCUAUUCAGUCUCUGAGCUUCCAGGACGAUCCCAUGGCCACAGAAAGCAAUGGGUUUGCUCUGGGAGAGGCCCAGACUGUUGAAGUGCAUUCAGCCCCAGAGGUUGUUGAAGAGCUUAAGGUCACCGAACAUGGAGCUGAUAAAACGCCUACGGAUUUAGGGCCAUAUGUAAAUCCGAAUGAAGUGCAACACACUAACGGUGCGACAGAAGUAACCACGGACACCAAAGCUGUUGACCAAACCGAGGCAGAAAAGCCAGCUAAUGAUGACAAAUCGGAAAGAAAAAAUGUCAAAACGGAUAAAAUCCACCCUAAAAAGCUCCUGAAACCCAAGCAGGCACUGGCUAUAUCCAAAAACAAGCACCUCAGCGGAACAGCUAUCCUGCAGAAGGGGUCCAAGCUUCACAAACUACAAGAUAAAAAGGUGGAAAAAACUACACUGGAAAAUCAACAACACAUCAAAGCCAAGCCAAACAGCAUAGGCCUAAAACAGCCAGCUUUGUCUCUCAAACCCAAACAAGCCUUGAAACCACAAAAGGAGCAAGUCUGUGAUCCGGCGAAGCACAGUGCCAGCCCCUCUGUUCCACGCUCUCCCACAAGAAACAGAAAGGUGUCCUCGGAUUCCAGUCCUGGUACAAAAGUAGUUAUGAAUAAAUCUCCUUCUUCAGCAAAGAAGCCACAAAAUCCAUCACCAGCAGCAGUCAAACAGAGUCAGUCAGUGAAAGAUGGCCCAGUAGAAGAAGAACAGGAGAAAACAAAAAUCAAGAGACCAGAAAAGAUCUUGCAGAGACAGAGAAGCCGAAGCAGCAGAAGCAUAUCUAUAGAUGAACCUCAGUUAUUCAUCCCUGAUAACGCUCCUGUGGUGAAAAAGGUGUCUGCAGACGGGGAUCCUACACCUGCUUCUGAAAACGAGACAGCAUGGGAUUCAAACAAACAAUGUGGAUUAUGUAGUAAACCACACAGCAAUAGAUUCAUGGUAGGCUGUGGGCGCUGUGAUGACUGGUUCCAUGGAGACUGUAUAGGAUUGGACCUGGCUAAAGUGCAACAAAUGGAAAAGGAUGACCAGGAGUUUGUCUGUCUUAAAUGCUGUGCUGAUGAAGGGGGGAAAGGUAACACUGAGAAUACAGACAACAAUUCAGCAACAGAUCAGAAACAGGAACCCGUAGCAUCAGUCACGGCUGGCGGAAUCCGGCCUUUUAGGAAGGACUCAGGAGAAAGACGAUCAGCAGUGGAUUCAGCACUGAAAUCUGGGUCAACUGUGAAGCAUGAGGUGAAGAAGGCUAAAAUUUCUCUUCCAAGCUUAAAGAAACCAUCUACUGGACAAAUCAGGAGGAGUGUCCGUGAUUCACUAGAAGAGAUUCUAUUGAAAAGGCUGAAGGAAUCAGACUUGAAGGUUUCAAAGGAGAAGCCAGCAGAAUUGGCGAAACGGACAGAAAAAGAGCUUUUUGCCCUCUUCCAAGGUGUCGACAGCAAGUACAAGAACAAAUACCGAAGCUUGAUGUUCAAUCUCAGAGACACAAAGAAUAAUGUGUUAUUCAAACGUGUUCUCAAGGGAGAGAUUCCACCUAGAGCUUUAGUCCGUAUGAGUGCAGAAGAACUAGCCUCCAAGGAACUGGCUGCUUGGCGACAGCGGGAGAACCGACAUACAAUUGAAAUGAUCGAGAAAGAACAACGGGAAGCAGAGAGACGACCAGUCACCAAAAUCACACACAAAGGGGAGAUUGAAAUUGAGAACCAAGAACCUGCAAAAGCCCCCGAGGCAUUACCUGAUCCUGUCCCUGAUGUUGUUGAGGCGUCUGAGGAAAAAACUACAGAAUCAAAGGCAGAAAGCCCCAAGAAAGUUAAAGACACAACAAGCUUGCAUAAGUCUCAUCUUUUUGAUCUUUACUGCAAGAUCUGCACAGGACGAAUGGCUCCACCAGUGGAGGAGGCAACCACUAAGGCUGUCAAAGUGGCCACGACUGUAAUUAGAAGGCAGUCCACAAUUACAGAAGGAGAUAGCCGUGAAUCCACACCCAUAUCUCCACCUAUUGCUUCAUCAGCCCUGGUGGAUGACUUGUCUUUGAGAGCGAUGGAAGAAGGCCUUCUUAACUUUCCUGCAAGGUUGGAAAGUGCAAGCAAUAAAGAAGAUACAGCUGCAUUCCUCUCUGGUUUAGAAACUCUGUGGAAUGGAUAUAUAGACAUGCCAUCUGUAGCUCGGUACUUUACAAAAGCUUACCCAGUCUCUGGAACUUUGGACCAUCUAACUGAGGAUCUGCCAGACACAAUCCAGGUUGGUGGAAGGAUCUCUCCCCAAACCGUCUGGGACUAUGUGGAGAAAAUCCGUGCUUCUGGUACAAAGGAAAUAUGUGUAAUUCGCUUCAGCCCAGACACAGAGGAAGACGAGAUCUCGUACACUUUGCUGUAUGCCUAUUUCAGUAGUCGCAGACGAUACGGUGUUGUUGCCAACAACCGCAAACAAGUUAAAGAUAUGUAUCUCAUCCCUCUUGGCUCCACUGAAAAAAUCCCACAUCAGAUUGUUCCGUUUGAUGGCCCCGGUUUAGAGACUAACCGAACAAACCUUCUCCUGGGACUAAUCAUUCGCCAGAGGCCCAAGAGGGACUUCGGGGUCCUCCUACCAAGUGAGGCUAAUGAACCUACAAAUUUCUUGGUGGAGACCAAACCACAGGUAGAACCUAUUCAGAAACCUGUUGUGGCCCGAGAUGAGGAAAGAGACUUUGUAAACACUCUUGGGAGGAUGCAGAAAAAAGACAGUGUAAAUCUUAGCAAAUCUACAGUGACUGAAUCUCGGUUAGAUAUCGAGGAUGAGGAAAAUGUCUCAUUGCGUUUCCUCCCUGGCGUGCUAAAGCAGCCCACAUCUGAGAAGGCUAAACCAGCGGAUGAUGCUAUGAAAACUAUGGCCAGUAAUGCAGUCAGUCAGACAUCUAGCUCUGAUGGGGACACCUCAGGACGUGUCACUCUUAAAACACCCACCACCCCCAGACUGGACCGUUUCAUUAUUAAAAAGAAAGAUCCGAAAUCUGUCGAGAAACUAGAACAAUCUAGCUCAAAUGCAGAGGUCAUGAGUUCACCAGAUAAAGAAAAAGAAGCUGGACUGCAGAGUGGAGUUUUGUUAUCUCUUAAGGAUAAACCAGGAGAUGUAUCAACAGAGACUUUCCUCUCUAGCCUCUCCACAAUACAGCCUAAGACUGACCAUAACAGCACUGAAACAAUAAGAGAUACCACACCACCAAGCACACAGACCAAACAAGACAUAAACCUAAGUCCUGUAUCCACUUCAGUUGCAUCAACAGUUGCCACUAAUGAUACCACUGAUGAUGUUUCCAAGCACAAAACUGUGAAAACUCCUACUAAGAUAUUAAAACUAUCCACAACUGGCAUUAUCACUGUCAAAAAGAUUGAUGCGACUGAACUUGUUAAUACCAAGCAGUUGUCUUUGAAUAAAGACAUCCCACAACCAAAAGUCGCUCAGUCUACAUUUUCAGACCAGUCAUCAGUUACCCAGUCUGCACCUUCAGACCCGUUGUCAGUUACCCAGUCUGCACCUUCAGACCUGUCCUCAGUUACCCAGUCUGCACCUUCAGACCUGUCCUCAGUUACCCAGUCUGCACCUUCAGACCCGUUGUCAGUUACCCAGUCUGCACCUUCAGACCUGUCCUCAGUUACCCAGUCUGCACCUUCAGACUCGCCCUCAGUUACCCAGUCUGCACCUUCAGACUCGUCCUCAGUUCCCCAGUCUGCACCUUCAGACCCUUCAUCGGUUCCCCAGUCUGCACCUUCAGACCCUUCAUCAGUUACCCAGUCUGCACCUUCAGACCCUUCAUCAGUUCCCCAGUCUGCACCUUCAGACCCUUCAUCAGUUCCCCAGUCUGCACCUUCAGACCCUUCAUCAGUUCCCCAGUCUGCACCUUCAGAUCAGUCAUCAGUUUCCCAGUCUGCACCUUCGCAACCAUCAGCAACAACAGAGUCUGAACAGCCAAAGUCAGAGUUUAAAGCUGUUGAAGAAAUCCAGACCAUCACCACUAUUUCCUCGUCUGGAAAAAACGAAGCUCUCAAGCAGUCAAGGCAACGUCUUUUAAGUCCCAGUCCUUUUAAUACUGCGGGUCAUGGGCCUGUGCCAGCUACAUUUCCUCCUUAUCACACCGCAACAGUUGACCAUGCUUACCAUCCAGGACCGGUGCCCACCUACCCACCCCAGUCUAACCCUGCACCGUUUAUACCCCUGCAUCAGCAAGCCCCUCCGCUGUUUAGCUACCCGCCACCUCCACUUCUUCCAAUGAUGUUCCCCCAGAGUGAUCCUCAAAAUCAAAUACAUGCCCCACCUUGGGCUCAGACAGUGCCUCCUCCGGCAUGUUUUCCACAGCCUGUCCCAGAUGUAGUCACUGGGCCCCCACAGUCAUAUACAAUGCCAAGAUUCCCUGAUUCCUCCAUGCUGAAUCUGCCACCCUUGAACAAGAGUGAUCAGGGCUCUGAGCUUUGGGACAGGAAGUCCAGGCCAUUGGCUGAUCAUUUCAAAAAGGAUGACCGAGACCACUAUGGGAGGUACAGGCACAAGAGCCAACAUUACGAGCGAGAGAGGCACAAGGCCAGAAGCCGGAGUCAGAGCCGGAGCCGAAGCAAGAGCAGGAGUCGCAGCAGGAGCCGAAGCCGAAGCAGGCACAGACACAAGAGCAAGCACUCGCGAGAGGACAGGCAUGGGGAGAGGAGGAAAGAGAGACAUCACAGCAGUCACCACAGGGACAGGGACAAACAUAGACGGGACUCUGAUCAUGAAAAACACCGGAGAGACUCAAGAGAUACACACUCAUGAUGUUCAUGCUCAACCUAGAUACACUCAUUCAACAUUGUUGUCCAGACAUGUUCAUUUGUAUUUACUGGAUAGUAAAACAUUAUUUAUAACAUUUAAAAGCCUUUUAUGAGGGCAAUUUUAAAUUUUUAGUUAGUUUGGAUUAAACACCAUUUGUUUCAACGUUUAAUUAACAUAACCUACUGUCUCAGUCAGAACCAGAUUUUCAUGUUAUGAAUGAAAAAUGAAUGCCAAGAAGAAUAAGAAAACAAAAUGUAAGUUCCUCAGCAUUUUUAAAAUAUCUUACAGCAUUUUCUAUUUGCAUUAAAUGACAAUGUGUGUACAUUUUGGCUUAUCAAACAGUAGAGAUAUGAUGCUCUCUGCACAUUGUGUUUAUGUACAGUUCAUAAAAUCUUUUUAUUGUUGGUUAAAUAAGAAUAAACCAGUCUUUUAUUAAAAACCC